AAAACCAUCAAAUUAAACCGUAGCCGCCAUGAACACCUUCCAACCGCCGCCACCGCCGCCACCGCCACCACUGCCGGAAUACAACGGCCUCCUCGGCACGGACGACAUAGGAGGAUUCAGGUACGGUGUCGGAGUCUCCAUCGGAGUGCUCCUCCUCAUCACAACCAUCACCCUCACCUCCUACUACUGCACACGUAACCAGCUCUCUUCUUCUUCACCUUCACAGACCAAUCUUGAUUCCACACGUGUGCAUCACCAUCACCACCACGUCAUCAUCGACGUCGUCCCCGGUCUUGACGAGGACACUAUUCAGAGCUACCCGAAGAUCCUCUACUCGGAAGCCAAGGGAGACUCAACGGCGUCGUGUUGUCCCAUUUGCUUAGGAGACUACAAGAGGAAUCAUCUCCUGCGGCAACUACCAGAUUGUAACCACCUCUUUCACCUCAAAUGUAUCGACACGUGGCUUAGACUCAAUCCUACGUGUCCUGUCUGCCGGACUUCGCCGCUUCCUACUCCCCUCCCUACUCCCCUCGCCGAGGUUGUCCCCUUAGCCUCCUCCGUUGCCGCCACCAGGAUGUCCUAAUUAUUUGCUUAUCUAAUUAAGCGGAGAAUCCUGAAUCAAAGUCAAGACUAAUCUUUGUUGGGACAUUUCUCUUCUUGAAUUCUUCUUUAUUUCCUUGUAAAGUUUUCAUUUUUUGGUCACUGACUGAUCACUGUAUAUAUUCUUGAAGCCGAAGAUUUGUAAAAGAAAAGGAAAGAAAGGGUAGAUUUCACAAUUUUG